AGACAACAAACCAUAAACAACUCUCAAAUUCUCCAAUUCUCCAAUUCUUAAACUUCACAACAUUGUUCCACCAGGCUCAAGAUUCUCAACAUGUCUGCCAUCAAGAAGGUCGCCGUUGUCGGAGGUUCCGGAAACCUUGGUCCCAGCAUCGUUCGUGGCCUCAUUGACGCCGGUUUUGAAGUCACAGCAGUCUCGAGAAAGGAGUCCAGCGCAACAUUCCCCGCUGAGGCCACUGUUAAGAAGAUUGACCUCUCCUCAGUCGAAGCUGUCACAGAAGUUUUCAAGGGCCAAGACGCUGUCGUGUCUGUCGUUGGAAAUGCUGGAUUCGGAAGUCAAAAGACACUCGCCGACGCUGCUGUUGCCGCUCAAGUCAAGCGCUUCAUCCCUUCAGAAUUCGGAAUCAACACUCGCAAGGCCCGCGGCUCUAAGAUUGGCGGCAUCUUGACCCCCAAGAUUGAGUUUGUUGACUAUUUGAUUGAGCUCUCUGAGAAGAACAGCUCAUUCACGUGGACUGGUAUCUCUACUGGACCCUUCUUCGAUUGGGACUUCAGCGGUGGCCUUCUGGGCUUCGAUGUUAAGAACAAGGCUAUCAGAAUCUUUGACUCAGGAAACGAGCCUGUUUCGCCAUCAUCUCUUUCCUUUAUCGGAAAGUCCGUUGCUGGCGUGCUCAAGAACACCGAGGCGACAGCCAACAAGUACAUUGACGUUGCUUCAUUCACGACAACUCAGCGCGAGUUGCUCAAGGUUGUCGAGGAGUUGACUGGCUCUACUUUCACCGUCAGCAACGUCAAGACUGCCGACCUGGAGAAGAUUGCGGAUGAGAAGCUGUCCAAAGGUGACUUCAGCGCCUUUAUUGACUUGUUGCAGCAGUACAGCUUUGCUGAUGGCAACGGUAAUGCCACAAAGGACAAUGCGGCGGUUAAGUUGUUGGGUCUGCAGGAGGAAGACCUCAAGGCUGAGACCAAGAAGGCUCUGGCCGCGUGGAAGUAG